UCUGUAUACAUUUUCUAUAAUCAUGGAUUGAUAAACGCAAAAUUCAUCGUUGCUUACGAGCUUUCGACUUGUUUGUAAAGCAGUAAAUUAUCGCUUACGUUUUUCGUAUAACUGUAUUUUAUGAGCUGUUCUAUGAUAUAGCAUUAUGUCUGUUUCGUGUUUGCCUGAUAAAUACAACAUUUUGUAAACACCCCGGGUAAAAUGUAAAUAAUGUUCUUAUCUAUGUGAUAUAUUCAAAAUGCACUUUACAAAGGACACGAUCACUUUAAAAAUUGUACGUCACCAAUCUGUGCCAUUAUUUUACUAGAUGUUGAUGUUUUAUUUGAGACGUGACAAUGAUUUCAAUCCGUAAUGUUGUUUUUAUCGUAAAUACUGUUCUGCUAUGUGUUUUGAUUGUUUUCAACGUGUACUUUGUAAAUGGGGAGACGAGUUUUGUCGAUACCAAAGAGUAUGAGUACGGAAGCGACAUCUUUUUUGAGAUAACACAUCCACCGGAACUACAAUAUACAUAUCGUAUAAGACCAGCCAAAAGUUUCGGCAUUCCUUUUGACAAAGAGAGGUUUCCAUCAAAGAAAACUAAAUUAGUACUUGUUGACCCAACACAUGGUUGUGAGAUGCCUACCAAUGCAAAGCAACUGAAAGGAAAUGUUGCAUUUGUGAAAAGAGGUAGUAGGUGUAGUUUUUUGAAGAAAACUAUAAUAUCAGAAUUGUCUGGAGCAAAAGCCAUUGUUAUUACUGACAAUAACAUUUAUGAUGAUACCGCUUAUGUACACAUGAUUGAUGACAACAGUGAAAUGUCUGCCAAUAUCCCUGCUGGUUUCCUUGUAGGUAAAUCUGGUCAUUUGAUACACUCUAAAAUGUCUGAACUGAUGGUAACAGAGCUGCCUAUUGUGUUUCCGUUGAAUAUGACUUAUGUACCAUUACACAAAAUCAAUCAACCCCCAUGGAUAUCUAUUUGAAUUGCAAGUAUUCAAUUGAAUUCUAGACUGAAAAAUCCCUUUAUAAUACUAUGUAGUGAUUUUGUUUUGAUUAUUAUUUAUUAUGUUUUAUUAUUUUAUAUUUUAAUAAUACUCAUACUGAAAUUUUAUUUUUAUCAGAUACAGAAUACUAAAAGGUUAUAUGCUGUUUGUUCUUGUUAUUUUAGCUUUAUUUAUCUAGUUUAGUUUCACUCUGUUAUAGACAAUAAUUUUAUUACAAGGUCUUUUUGAACAGGGAAUUAUUUU